ACAAAGAUGGGCACUAUUUUCAUCUUCAUUCUUUUCACUGAAAUGCUGAUGAUAUAUUUUCUGAGUUGUCAUUACUAAUAGGCCUUUCUGUAUAUUGGGUUUCUUUCAGAUGACAAGGGAAAACCCACGACUACAGAACUUUCCAGUUGUGCACCAGCCCUGUCUGGGGGGGCCUUGUUCCAGGAGCUAAGACAGGGAGACCCAGGGAACUUCCAGCUGGGCCAAACCAAGGAUCAGAGUGGGUCAUCAGAAAUGCAGGAAGGACACUUGAGACCAGGCUUAGAACCCAGGAGAGAGAAGCUCCCUGAGAAAACAAGCCCUGAGCUUGGUGGUUUAGGGGCAGCUGAUGGCGUGUGUUCACAGACGGCACAGGAGCUGACCCAUCCAGGAGGUGCUGUCCAUGACCGUGACUCGUGUGGAUCAGGUAAAGAUCCCGUGAUUCAGGAAGAGGAAAAUACCUUUAAGUGCAAUGAAUGUGGGAAAACUUUUAAUAAAAAGCACCUUCUUGCUGGACAUGAGAAGAUUCACUCUGGAGUGAAGCCCUAUGAAUGCACCGAGUGUGGGAAAACAUUUAUUAAGAGCACACACCUCCUGCAGCACCACAUGAUCCACACGGGGGAGCGGCCCUACGAGUGCGUGGAGUGCGGGAAGGCCUUCAACCGCAAGUCCUACCUUACCCAGCACCAGCGGAUCCACAGUGGAGAGAAGCCUUAUAAGUGCAGCGAAUGUGGGAAGGCCUUCACCCACCGCUCCAAUUUCGUCUUGCAUAAGAGGAGACACACUGGUGAGAAAACCUUUGUGUGCAAAGAAUGUGGGCAAGUCUUUCGACAUAGGCCAGGAUUCCUUCGACAUCACAUCAUCCACAGUGGCGAGAAUCCCUACGAAUGCUUCGAGUGUGGCAAGGUCUUCAAACACAAGUCCUACCUCGUGUGGCACCAGCAGACUCACACUGGGGAGAAGCCCUAUGAGUGCAGUGAGUGUGGGAAAGCCUUCUGUGAGAGUGCGGCCCUCAUUCACCACUAUGUCAUCCACACUGGGGAGAAGCCCUUUGAGUGCCUGGAGUGC